AUGUUCUCCCGCGGCAAUAACUCCGCAUUCCGCAUCCAGACCCCAGAUUUCGAACCCAGUACCCCACAACAAGCACCUAGCUCUUUGCAGCGUCCUGACGUCCUUCAAGCAUUUGCCAAGAUGCCUGCACGACAUGCGCCCGCGAUUGUCAUGAGCACGCCUGCUCCCAAGGAGAUUUUCAACAAGAAUGUAUACUUAACGGCAAUGGUGGCGUCGAUGGGUGCGUUUAUCUUCGGUUAUGAUCUGGCGUUUAUCGGGACGACGAUUACGCUGAAGCCUUUUACCAAGGACUUUGGUUUGAUGCACGCGACACAGUCGCAAAAAGAUGCUUUCUCGGCGAAUAUCGUUUCUUUACUUCAGGCUGGAUGCUUCUUCGGCUCUUUGGCUGUUGCGCCUUUGGGUGACAAGUUCGGUCGGAAGCCAGCUUUGAUGGUCGCCGGUGUGCUCUUCUGCAUUGGUUCUUUGAUGCAGACUGUUAGUUUUGGUCAUGUUUGGGCCAUGUUCUUGGGUCGUGCCAUUGGAGGACUCGGUGUCGGUCUUGCCAGUGGAGUCGUUCCUCUAUACGUGGCUGAGCUAUCGCCACCAUCUAUUCGAGGCCGUCUUGUUGGCAUCUACGAAAUCAGUGUGCAGACAGGAACAUGUAUUGGCUUCUGGAUCUGUUAUGGUGUGCAACGGAACAUGCGCAGCAACUCGAACCAAUGGAUCACACCGUUUGCCGUGCAACUUAUUCCAGGUGUCCUUCUCAUUAUUGGCAUGCUAUUUGUUCCAGAAUCUCCAAGAUGGCUGGCCCAACACAAGUCUCGCGAUGCGUGCGCAUCUGUCCUCAGCAAACUCCGCGGUCUUCCAGAAGACCAUGAAUAUUUUCAGGAAGAGCUCAACCACAUUAUGGAUACCGUCAACGACGAAUUCGAGACCAGACCGAGCGGCGGCAUGAUCGGUCAAUGGAAAGAGCUCGCUGUACCAAGCAACCGCCGCCGUGUCUUGGUCGGCGUGUUCAUCUUCAUCUUCAUGCAAGGGGCCGGAUCGAACGCCAUCAACUACUUCUCUCCCCGUAUAUUCAAGUCCAUCGGCCUCACAGGACAAUCCACCGGUCUCUACGCCACUGGCAUCUACGGCGUCGUCCGACUCGUCUGCGUCAUCAUCGCCAUGUACUACGUUGUAGACAAGUUUGGCCGAAGGAACAUGCUCAUGGGCGGUGCGGCAGUCAUGCUUGUCGCAAUGUGGUUCAUCGGCGCAUACAUUAAGAUCGCCAAGCCAGAAGCCUCUGGCAAACCCCACUUGACAGCUGGAGGCUACGCAGCCGUUACCUUCAUCUACAUCUUCGCCGUCGGAUUCUGUUUCUCGUACGCUGGUGUACCGUGGAUCUACUGCGCAGAGAUCUUUCCUCUUCGCAUUCGUGGAAUCGGCAUGGCGAUUUGCACGGCGACGCACUGGUUGUUCAACUUCGUCAUCGCUCGAUCAGUACCUUAUAUGGUAACCAAUAUCGGAUAUGGCACUUACUUCGUGUUUGCUACUUGUCUGACAUUGUCCAUUGUGUUUGUGUACUUCUUCUUACCAGAGACAAAGGGUCUUUCGCUCGAGGAGAUCGAUAUACUGUUCGGUGGAUCAGGACCAAGCUCUUUUGAUGCAGCUAGACUCGAAGAGGAGAAGCUGGGCUCAAAGUCAGACGUCGUUUACGUUGAGCGAGUAAGUGCUUGA